UGUAAAUCAUGGGAGGUUUAUACCAAUCAUGAUUUAUCCCCUGGUACUGGGAUGCGGCUUAUUUUCACGGAUCAAUACCUUCUGUCGUCUACCUGAGCCUGAAAAGGUAAAUAUGGAUUUGGAUUCCAUUCAUCACUUAAUUGAGGAAACACCAAUCUUCCAGAUGCAGCCAUCGGCGAUCAAACCACCAUGUGACGGGGUAGCACCUAGCUCAUCCCCCAGGCACACCCGUAAUUCCUGUUCUCCACUUUAUGGGCUGCAGUCUCGUGCUGCUCACAACUUCUGUGCCCACUUGUGCAGUGCCAAUGAAUGGGAUGUUUGUGAGGAACUUCGCCUGCGGGAACUUGAAGAAGCCAAGGCCAGAGCUGCUCAGAUGGAGAAGACCAUGCGGUGGUGGUCAGACUGCACUGCCAACUGGAGAGAAAAGUGGAGUAAAGUUCGAGCCGAGAGGAACAGUGCCAGGGAAGAAGGAAGGCAGCUCAGAAUAAAACUAGAGGUGAUGAUGAAGGAACUGAGUGCACUGAAAAGGAAACAAAGUUUGCCACAUCAACAGGAGACAUUGGGAGCUAGAGUUACCCAGGACCUGAAGCAUCCCAGUUUCAUAGAAGUGUCCUACGCACAAAGAGACCGAUUUCAAAUUGGUUCGCAAGUGUGUGAGUCUAUCAGAGAGUGUCUGGUGAAAGGAGAAUUUCCCACAAAGGAGAACACAAAUAGUAAGGGAGAAGGUUUGAUUAUUGAUCCAUUAAUAUUAAAUGAGGAAAUGAAACUUCGUUUAGGCUGUCCUGAUUUAUUCAAGACCAGUGGUUCUGAGAACUGGGUACAGAAGGCUGAAGUAAGACCACAAGCAGUAAACAUGCCUUUGGAGAACCAAGUGCCCGAAAUUUCACCUUUGCAGGUGUGUUUGGAUGAGUUCCAGAAAAUCUUAUGGAAAGAAAGAGAAAUGCGCUCCUCUCUCGAAAAAGAAAUAGAACAACUGGAGUCAGCUUUGUCUGUAUGGAAAUGGAAGUAUGAAGAAUUGAAGGAAUCGAAGUCAGAAACUAUGAAAGAGUGUAACAUUCUUCAUGGUCAACAUGAAAAUGAAGUGGAAGAAUUAUCAGGAGACACAAGGGAAAAAUCAGAAUCUCAAAACAGCACGGACAGAGUUAUCUGUGAGCUGAGAGCAGAGCUGGAGAGAUUGCAGGCUGAAAACACCUCCGAGUGGGACAAGAGGGAGAUCCUGGAAACAGACAAACAAGGACUGGAGAGAGAAAAUAGGAGGCUCAAAGUCCAGGUGAAAGAACUGGAAGAGCUCCUGGAAGGAAAAAACAGAGUAAGUGCAGAGUCUCAAGGUCCCAAUGUCAAGGCAUCGCAGUCGGAACUGCAGGAAGAACAACAGGAACUGUUGCGUCUUCAGCAUGCCCACCAUAAACUGAACAGACAAUACCAGGCCAAAACAGCGGAACUGGCUCAUGCGAACAACUGUGUGGAUCGAAAUGAGGCCAAAGUAAAGAAACUGAGAUUCCGUGUGGAAGAACUAAAACAGGGACUCAAACAAAAGGAAGAUGAGCUUGAUGAUUUCCUUAGUCAGAACCGUAGGCUCCAGAGAUGUCUGGAUGAACUGAAAGAAACAAAUGGAAGCUUGGAGACUGAACUCAGGCACUUACAAAAACGGGAUUACGCUGUGCAGUACGCUAUGUUGUAUCCUCUGCAUUUGGCUUGGGAGAUGACACCUUUGGCUGUAAGACUCAUCCUAUGAAGUUUAAAAAUGUAAUAGAAUAGCUUGAUUACUGUCCAUUUUGUGAUUGUCACCUUUGUUCUGUCACUGCCUCUGCCCUGGGGAAUUGCUACUAUCUGUAGAUCGUAAGUGUCAAACAAUGUUCUACCCAAAGAUUUUCCUCUUUUCAGAUAACCUAAGUGUUUAGGUGAAGUUACAAUCAGUUAUGUGUUGUUUUUCUAUCUCUGUGCUUAAUGAUUUAUAUUAGUGUCUCCAAAUAAGCUUUAUUGGUAUCA